AUGGUCGAAAAGAAUUCGAGCACGAGAGCCCUGUCCUCAAGGAGAAUUGAAGCGGCCAGGCGAGAAGAUUUUGUCGCGUCGUCUGCCACGGCGACUGCCGGGAUACAUACCGAUAUAGCUCCCACGAGUCAGGGUCUCGGAGCGGGGGAGGAAGAUUUCUUGUCCACAGAGGAAGGCGAAGAGAUAACACCUUUAGAUUCCCAAAAAUCCACAGCAGACGUCGCGAAAUCCGCAGAUACACCUGAUGUAUCCUCCAUAGUAGCCAUGCCAGGUGAGUAG